AUGUGGCGGCCCUCCAACGGUCUGAGGGACAGUGAACUGGCCCCCUGUGUACCCACCCUUCCCGAGACCACGCCCCGCCCCAGGCAUAAAAGCGGGCCGCGCGCUCGGGUCCACGCAGAGCGGGGGUGGGAAGUUCUCGGCGCCGGCCAACUAAGGAUUUCCGGAGGAUUUCUGAUUGAUUUUGGGGCUUUUGACCCAAAGUUCAGGAGGUACAACCUCCUCCCCCCUCCGCCUCGUGGAACUUCGGGGACAGAGCGUCCCGGCCGCCUCGACGGCUUGAGCAGGGCGCGACCCAGGACCCAGGACGGCGCCGGGAACCGGGUCAUGGCUCCAGGCCGCAAGACCCUUUUCUUCGUCAUCUUCCUGCUCCUUGGUCACCUGCCGGUCCAAGGUGCCCCUAUCGACAACGCCCCGCUGUACAAAGCUCCCCAGGAGACAGUGAAACAACAGCCACAAAGGUCCAGCCUCAAGGAGGAGUGUCCAGCAGGAUCUUAUAGAGAACCUGCUGGAAAGUGUACCGGGUGCAGAGAGGGUGUGGAUUAUACCAAUGUCCCCAACACUUUGCCUUAUUGCCUCCGAUGUAAAGUUUGUAAAUCAGAUGAAGAAGAGCUAAGUCCCUGCACCACGACCAGAGACACAGAGUGUCGGUGCAAGCCAGGAACUUUCCGGAAUGACAAUUCCACUGAGAUGUGCUGGAAGCGCCCCACAGGGUGUCAUGGAGAUAUGGUCCUGGACAGUAAUUAUACCUGCAUCAACAAAUCAGCUGUGAAUUCCACUGAGAAAACCCCAGCUGCAGAGGAGACAACGACCACUACCCUGGAGACUCCUUUGGCUCUCUCUCUCUCUGUCAUAUGUAUCAUUGCAGGAUGCGUUCUCAUCAUUUGUAUUUUACUUUGGGUCGUUUUCUGUUAUUGCUUUUGCUCACAAAGGCCUGAGACUGAGGACAAUGCCCACAACGAGAUCCUGAAUAAUGGAGACUUGCAGCCCACCCAGGUCCCUGAGCAGGAAAUCGAAGACCAGGAGCUGGCUGGGCUGAUACAUGUGACUGUACGGUCGCCAGAGGAGCCACAGCGUCUGCUGGUACAGGCAGAAGCCGAAGGGUGUCAGAGGAAGAGGCUGCAGGUUCCAGUGAAUGACGCUGACCCCACUGAGAUCAAUGCCUUGCUGGAUGCCUCGGCAGCACUGGAAGAAGGACGUGCAAAGGAAACAAUUCAGGACCAACUGGUGCGCGCCGAAAAGCUUCUCUAUGAAGAAGGUGACGCAGGCUCUGCUACGUCCUGCCUGUGAAAGAAUCUCUUCAGGAAACCAGAGCUUGUCUGGUUUACUUUUUCUCUUACAAAAGGAAGAAGUCUGGAAGAGACAGUCCAGUGCUUGACCCAUGCCUCAGCAAACGCUGCUAUCCAGUGUGGUGCAGCUUACCUGAGGUCUUACCACUUUGUCAAUGCACUUGCAGUAAUUUUAAUUCUGGCAUAGAGUUAUACGAUUGCGUAUUAAGGGUAGUUUUAAGCAUGUAUUAAGGGGUAUAUUAAGUGAUGUAUUAAUAUUGUGUAUUAAGCGAUGGCUUACGUCUAUAAUCCCACCACUUUGGGAGGCUGAGG